AUGUCAGACUCGACCCUCGUACAAGAGGUCUUUGCCGCGCCGGGCCCCACUCCCCCAGGAGACCGGUGGGACGGCCUCUACCGCUCCGGCCACUACAGUUGGGACCGUGACGGGCCCUCCCUCGCCCUGGCGGACCUCCUCGUCCAGAGGAGGGAUCUGAUCCCCCACCGGACUAUCGAGGCCCAGAACCACGGCGCCGCAGACGACGGGUCGUCGCCUCCCACCAGGCCCACGGCCCUGGUCCCCGGGUGCGGGAGGGGUCACGACGUCCUCCUGCUGGCCGAGUUCGGCUACGACGUCUGGGGUCUCGACCUGUCGCCUACCGCCAUCGAGCUGGCCAGGGGGGUCGAGAAGGAGAAGGAGAAGGAGAGGGAGGGUGGAGGGAGGGGAAAGCCGUACGGAACUGUCCAUUGGCUUGUGGCCGACUUCUUCGACGACGAGUGGUCUGGCGGAAGGACGUUUGAUCUCAUCUUUGAUUAUACUUUCCUCUGCGCCCUCCCCGUGGCCACACGCCCCCUCUGGGCCUCGAGGAUAUCAUCCCUCCUGUCCCCCCGAUCCGGAAGGCUGAUCUGCCUAGAGUUCCCUUCUGGCCAGCCCCUGUCGCGCCCGGGACCCCCCUUCGGCGUGAACCCGGAGGUGUACGAGGCCCUGCUGGCCUGCCCGGGCGACGAGGUCGAGUACGACGCCGCCGGGGACGGGACCGUGGUCGAGAGGCCGAGCGCACAGCCGCCCCGGGAUCUGGGCGGCGUGCACCGCCUCGCGCUGAUCAAGCCCAUCAGGACGCACAAGGCUGGCAUGGCUGAUGAUGGGAGCGUGCGUGAUUUCGUAUCUGUCUGGAGUAAAUAG